AUGAAACAACUCAACAAUCCGCGCAGUUGCGUGACAAUGGUGAUCUUGGUGGGAAUACUCUUGAUCGACAAACAAUAUGUUCAUGCCGCUGUUGCUGAACAGCCCACGAUGCAUGCGUCUCCCACAGGCAACGACGAGGAAUCCCCCUUCCCGACGUUGGUGACAUGGGUAUCGCGAUUGACAAUCGCCAAGGCGCACAAGUCGCUUCGGUUCUACCGGUAUUUUGGCCGCGUUUUGAAUCGCCAUCGUUUUGAGGGAGACGACACUGCUCGUUUCGACUGCGACUAUGAUGAUCCAGCAAAGGUCAAGUUUUGCCCUCCGGAAACGUUCACCAUCUCGGACCUUGCAAAGAGUGAUGUGGAUGCUGGCAACGAUAAUCUUUUGAAUGCAUUCAAGAAGAAGAAGAAGAAAAAAAGGGAGAAGAGGCACGGGUCUUUUGAUUUUAUUCCGUUCGAUGAAGAGGAACAACGGCUUGUUCCGUCCACGACACCGACACCUUGUUUCGAAGAUCCCAGAUGUCGCGAUCUGCUAGCCAAAGAUAAUCUUGCUCCAUCCGUCGUGGACACCUUUUCCUUGCCCACUGGUGCCAGUCUGGCUUCGGUAGAGCCCACCUCGGAUUUGUGCUACGGAAACCGAGCCUAUGUUUUGGACAAUCGAUUUGGGUGCACACAGGAAAAGAUUGACCGGCUGGAGCAAGACAAGAAGCAGUAUCAAGAGUUUACAGAGAAACGACAACUGGAACGACUGGAAAAGUCUGGCGUCCUAUCGAAUGGCCGUGGUGCGUUUGGAGGAUUCUUUACACCGUCGUUACAAGCUGGAAAUGGCGGUACCACACCGGCAGACGGAGGAUCCACUCCUGCUCCUACUCUGGCUACAGACGUCCCAACCUUGGCUCCGACGGAUAUCCCUACCUCGGCAACGGCAGAUACAUCGAAUCCUACUGUUGCUCCGACGGAUACCGCCGAUCCUACCCUGACACCCACAGAUACUCAAGACGACGAUACUACCGACGAUGCUCUGAUGGGCGUUGGCGGUACUGGAGGAGAUGAUACUCCCCUUGAAGCUCCGGGGCUUGAUGACGACUACUCGCACGACGAUGAUCUUGCUUAUGAGAUCCCUGUAAUGCCUGACGACGACGAAGGCUCCAAUUUUCCCAAUUCCACAAUUGACUAUGAUGACGAUGACAAUGGCAAUGGUUUCUCACACACGGACUCGGGUCCAGGAUAUGGAUAUGCUACCAGAGAGAAUACAACAACUUACCCGUUGAAUGGAACCGAGUUCCAUGCGGGUGGGAACAUUUCUAGGGCAUCCGACAUGGAAGGGUCGGGGGAUGGAUCCGUCGCACGAGAGCCAACAUAUGAUAGCGCAAAUUACGGAUUUGUCGCACGUCAGCCUAGUACUAGCACGCAGCAGAUUGCAUUUGGCGACGUCAACAGGUUGGAUAACGAUUUGGAUACUUCAGGUUCAGAAGAAAGUGUCGAGGUUGACCCAAGCCUGAAUGUCACGGCUCAUGGAGGCAUUGACAGAGAAUCUGGCGUGAAUGGAUCUGGUUCUGGGAUUAUCGGAAGAGGACCAGCCAUGAAUGCAAGUUCCGACGGUUCUGUGUCGAGAGCCCCAGCCGUAGAAGGGCCCGCUCUACGGCCUACCGUGCCCACACGACCUCCUGUUCCUGCGCAUCUAAAAAAGGACGACCUUGCAACAAUGGAGCCCACCGCAGAGAAUUGCGAGGGAAAACCAAAGAACAAGCGUUUCGGGUGCACACCAGAAAAGUUUGACGAACUCGACAAGGACCAGAAGUAUCUCGACAACAAGGACCCCAACAGGGGAGGCAACUUCGAUGCCACGCUGGAGGAUCCUUACAUGUCUCACAAUGCAUUUGGUUCCAUAACACAUGGCCCAUCAGGUGCGAAUCAAGGUGAACCAACACUCCCACCUGGUGAAAGAGGUACUGGAUUUGGCUUUGACUAUGGCGACGGCGGCGCGAAUGAACACCUCAACCGCGGCAUUGGUCUGGGGUUAGACUUCGCGACUGGUGAUUCCAUCUCCAGGCCACCCAGCAUAGAAGGGGACGGAAUGAGUUCAUGGGCAUACGGAGAAGUGGCAAGACCUCCGGGCAGCGAGGAUGAUGACGCUGUUGGAAUAACGUAUGGCGAGGUGACGCGUCCACCGGAUGGUUACGCUGGAUCGACAUACGGUGAAGUGGGUAGAGUUGGCAGCUUAGAUCCGUUGGCCGAUGGCGAGGAAGGUGAUGCAAGUGGGGCCAUUUCAAGGGCACCAGGUGCGGAAGGAGACGCGAGCGGGGCUAUUUCAAGGGCACCAGGUAUGGAAGGAGAUGCAAGUGGGGCUAUUUCAAGGGCACCAGGUACGGAAGGAGACGCGAGUGGGGCUAUUUCAAGGGCACCAGGUAUGGAAGGAUAUGCGAGUGGGGCCAUUUCAAGGGCACCAGGUAUGGAAGGAUAUGCGAGUGGGGCCAUUUCAAGGGCCCCAGGUAUGGAAGGAGAUGCGAGUGGGGCCAUCUCGAGAGCCCCUGGCCUGGAAGGUAAUGCAAGUGGGGCCAUUUCAAGGGCACCUGGCAUGGAAGGUAAUGCUAGUGCACAUAUAGGACGAGAUCCAAGUUUGGAUGGCUCCGCUAAUGCAUCGAUUACACGGAAUCCUGGCUAUGAAGGUACUGCUGAUGGAUCUAUCACACGAAAUCCGAUGUAUGAAAGCACUCCUGAUGGAUCUAUUGAUUUGUCCAAUUCCUCUAUCGGACAAUAUCCAGGUUAUGAUGGUUUGCCCAAUGCCUCUAUCACACGAAAUCCAGGCUAUGGGGGUGCUACGGAUGGUUCGAUUACGCGAAAUCCAAGCUAUGGAGGUGCCGCUGAUGGAUCUAUCACACGAAAUCCGUCCUAUGAAGGCACAACUGAUGGAUCUACCACACGAGUUCCUUCUGUGUCAGGGCAAGAGCCCAUCACAAUGAGCCCAGCCGUUCUCAAGGCAAUCAAAGGGGAGCCGCAGGGGGGAAUUCCCGGACUUAUCAAUGUUGGUUGGCCCACAGUGGAGCCAUCUGAGGCUUUUAAUACUUUUGGGGCCGUCACACGGCCACCAGAUCUUGGAUCAAUUUCACGACCUCCCAAUCACGACUCGUUGGUAUUGGUUGAAAGACCUUCAACAACCAUAGAUAUCGAGGGAGAUGCCACCAGGCCACCAUCUCGCGAGGAUGGGGGAUCACCGACAUCUGGUCUGGAACCAACUUCAGUUGCGAAAGCACCAAUCACGAAGCCACCUGUACAGCCGAACUAUGGGUCGAUUUCACCCCCGCCUAACCAUGGAAACCUUGAUGUUCCUGUUCUGAUUUCUCAACCAAGCAGAGAGAUCGUUGCCCCUGCCACCACUGCACCGGUUACAAGGGGGGUCAGUUAUGCUCCCGUACAAGAAAAUGUUGGAAGCAUCCCAAUCCCCCCCGCGCGCAUUCCAACCAUAACUUCAAAUGCUACAACGGCGACAAAUGCUACGAACAGUCCAACCGUCCCUAACAGGAAUCCAACUUCCACAAGUACUCCAACUGGAACAACAUUUCAAUCCGCAGAUCCAACAAGACCAACAGAAUCCAACCAAACAAACGCACCCAAUGCUGAAACAAUCGCACCCAAUGCUGAAACAAUCGCACCCAAUCCCGAAACGAAGACACCUAAUCCUGUUUUGGAAGCCAACAUCACAAGACCACCCACACAGCUACCUACAAUCAUUCCGUUGGCUAAUCCAUCAUCAACAAAGAAACCAACCCCACAAGAAGGAAGUCAAAACAGUGCAUUCCCAACAUCUGGGACUUCAUCCCUUGAAAUUUCUACAGACGAACCAACCUCACCUAGCUCCGAACAGCCUUCACAGAAAGGAACCAUGCAGAGGCCAAGCAUGCCUCCUGGUACAGUUCCGUCAAAAACAACCAGCCCUACACCCCAAAACUCCUUCGAAUCUUCGCAAGUUGGGAGUGUGCAGAAGCCUAGUUCAACUCAAGGUACGAUUGCACCCAACACAAAUAUUCCAACAGCCAUGGACUCUGUCCAGUCUUCACAAGUUGGCAGCGUACAAAGACCAACAAUUGCAUCACAGCAACAGCCAAGUUCUGUUGUGGCUCCCACAUCAUCUGGGAGUCCUACCAGUGCACAGCCCACUUUUGCUGGUGUACCACCAUCUAGUGCGUCUCCCAAUGCCAAUCCUCCUGUGACAGCCCCAGCUGCAACAGGAAGUCCGUCAAAGGCACCACAAGCAGGGCCAAUCCCAGCACCCAUCACGACGUCAGCUCCCAUCAUUGCUCCCACAGAAUCUGGAACCCCAACCAGUGCACCGCAGCAACAGCCAAGUUCUGUUGUGGCUCCCACAUCAUCUGGGAGUCCUACCAGUGCACAGCCCACUUUUGCUGGUGUACCACCAUCCAGUACAGCCCCAAAUGCCAAUCCUCCUGUGUGUGACAGCCCCAUCCGCAACAAGAGGGCCUUCAGUGGCCCCUCAGCCAGGGCCAAGUACAGCACCAAUCACGACGUCAGCUCCCAUCAGUUCUCCCACAACAUUUGGAACUCCAACCACUGCACCGCAGCAACAGCCAAGUUUUGUUGUGGCUCCCGCAUCAUCUGGAGUCCUACCAGUGCACAGCCCACUGUUGUUGUGGACCAUCAUCCAGACACCCCAAAUGCCAAUCCUCCUGUGACAGCCCCAUCAGCAACUGGCGGGCCUUCAGUGGCCCCUCAGCCGGGGCCAAGCUCGGCACCAAUCACGACAUCAGCUCCCAACAGUUCUCCCACAGCAUUUGGAACUCCAACCAGUGCACCCCAGAGACAGCCAAGUUCCGUUGUGGAGCCCACAUCUUCUGGGAGUCCUACCAGCGGACAGCCCACUAUUGUUGGUGUACCAUCAUCCACUACAUCUCCGAAUGUCAAUCCUCCUGUGACAUCCCCAUCAGCAACUGGCGGGCCUUCAGUGGCCCCUCAGCCGCGGCCAAGCUCGGCACCAAUCACGACCUCAGCUCCUAUCAGUUCUCCCACAGCUUCUGGAACUCCAACCAGUGCACCCCAGCGACAGCCAAGUUCCGUUGUGGCACCCACAAUUUCAUCGAGACCGAGUCCUCUUUUACCAAGCAGUCAACCAAUUCCAGGUGAUGUCAACGAAAACCAAACAUCUGUGCCAUCACCAUCAGGUACUUCCUACUCUCCCACAUGA